UUGAAUUCGGCGGUGUUGUGUUAAAAUGGAUUGUAGUAGCGUUCUUGUUCACGUGACAAUGAUGUCAUAAUUAAAGGAAAUUUCAUUCAAAAGCUAACGUCGAUACUUGUCUUCUAAUUUAAAUGAAAUUCGAAUCGACGAAACCUUGAAAGGGUUGCAUUCAGGGUGAAUACCCAAAAGGAUAUCGAAUAACACGGGUAGUUGUAUAUUCUACCAAAAGAGGGACUGUGUAGCAGGAGGAAGAAAAGAAGAAUUAAUAGUAUCCCCUCUAUAGCGAUUGCGUCAAAUUGGUUCUGUUUACGAGCGUGAGCAGUGGCAGCCUCCUAGUGCGGUUUCGUCGAGAAUUAUUCGAAAGCAAAUUACGCCAAAGAUUGGACUGAUCGAUCCUUAGAAACCUCUAAGUUUCUUCCAGUUUUAUCGGAGACAUUUCUCGGUCCGGUUUUAUCGUAAUGCAACCUUGAAUUAUCGUGUGGAACUUGGCGUGAAGUGGACGAGGAGUAUAAAAAUAAAACAAACGUUUAAAAAAUAGACGACUUAGGCGUCGUUCAAAUUGUUUCGCUAUGGUGUUCAUGUUUCCCUUUUUCCUCGGGCCAAUCUAUAUUGUCCUAUUGAUGGGCGUGAUCGACGUAUUAUCUUUGCACACGAAGGAUCCUCUCGCUCAUCAUGGUAGAUGUGAACCGAUCACAAUUAAUCUUUGCAUGAAUAUACCUUACAAUGAGACCAUUAUGCCAAAUUUGAUGAACCAUCAGAAACAAGAAGAGGCUGGUUACGAGGUCCAUCAAUUCGCCCCUCUCGUUAAAGUCAAAUGUAGUCCCGAUCUACGUUUCUUUCUUUGCUCCGUUUAUGCACCAGUUUGCACCAUCAUCGAGAAGGCUAUACCACCGUGUAGAUCUCUUUGCGAAAGUGCUCGCGCCGGUUGUGAAGAUUUGAUGAACAGUUUUGGUUUCAACUGGCCAGAUAACCUUGAUUGUUCGAAAUUGCCAGAAAAUGGAAAAGAACUUUGUGUUGGUACUAAUGAAACAGCACCGGUGGAACCAUCAGCACCUGCAUAUUCUCCACCUCGUAUGCCAGUCGCUGAGUUUCAGCCACCUUGGAACAGUGCUGGAACGACUUCUUACAAUGGUAAUGGAUUUGCACUUGGUGCCAGAGAUUUUGGCUUUGUUUGUCCCUUGCAAUUCAAGGUCCCACAUGAUUUGGGUUAUUCUCUCAAAGUUGGGAAUAAAAUAGAACCCAACUGUGGUGCACCUUGCGACGGUAUGUUCUUCACUGAGAGGGAACGUAAUUUCUCCAGAGUUUGGGUUGGUACUUGGGCAUCUCUCUGUGCAGCAUCCUGUUUUUUUACAUUCUUGACAUUUCUUAUCGAUACUGACAGAUUUAGGUAUCCUGAGAGACCUAUUAUUUUUCUAUCGGUAUGCUAUCUCAUGGUAGCAUUGACAUAUGUGAUAGGUUGGGCAGCUGGUAAUUCUAUUGCAUGUAGAGAGCCCUUUCCUCCACCUCUUGACAUGCGUAUUCAGAUGGUAUCAACAAUAACGCAAGGAACUAAGCACGAAUUAUGUACCGUGCUUUUUAUGGUGCUUUAUUUUUUUGGCAUGGCAUCUAGUAUAUGGUGGGUUAUACUCACAUUGACCUGGUUCCUAGCAGCUGGUUUAAAAUGGGGACAUGAAGCUAUAGAAGCUCAUUCGCAAUAUUUUCAUUUAGCUGCUUGGGCAGCACCGGCAAUAAAAACUGUAACUGUUCUUGCAAUGGGUAAAGUAGAAGGUGAUAUAUUAUCCGGCGUUUGUUACGUAGGUUUGUGGAACGUCGAUGCAUUAAGAGGAUUUGUUCUAGCUCCUCUUUGUGUUUAUUUAGUUCUUGGAACAGCCUUCCUUUUCGCCGGAUUUGUUUCUCUCUUUCGCAUACGCACCGUUAUGAAACACGAUGGUACAAAGACCGACAAGUUAGAAAAGUUAAUGAUCCGCAUCGGUAUUUUUUCCGUAUUAUAUACCGUUCCAGCACUCAUAGUGAUUGCUUGUCUUUUCUACGAACAAGCGUAUUUCGAUCAAUGGAUGUUAACUUGGAACAUGGAAAUGUGUUCGCGACCUGGCUUACAAUCGCUUUACUCGAUGCCUUGUCCUAUCGGAGAGCGUACUCGUGACCUCGGUCGACGACCAGAAUUCGAAGUAUUCAUGAUUAAAUAUUUGAUGGCAAUGAUAGUUGGUAUUACUAGUAGCUUCUGGGUAUGGUCUAGUAAAACGCUCAGUAGUUGGAGACAAUUCUUUAAUCAUCUGCAAGGUCGUCGUACAGAAGCGUACGUGUGAAAUUAAUUAAUCGUGUUUAAGAUAUUAUAAAGAAAGAAAGAAGAAUGACUUUUGUCAAUGUUAUUUGCUGUCAUUGACAAAUUAUAAUGCUUAGAGCAGAAGGAUAAAGAAGAACAGAAGUAAAAAUAUUCGGUGACAGUUAACUCGAAUGAUCUCGAUUAUUUUCGUUUAGAUUAAAAAUUUAUUUUCAUUGAUGAAUAAUGUAUAAAAUAUGCUUAUUGCAUUGAUUACUUCCAAAGAAAAAAAAAAAGAAGUCAAAGCACGCUUAAAAAUUUGUCGAUGUGUUAAGACUGUCACCCUUUGUAGAAUUUUAAAGACAUUUUUAGAAUUUGUAAUGUGCCAAACGAGUGUUAUAUUUUUAUAAACGAUGCACGUCCUCUGAAUGUCCAUAAGCCUUUUUAUCUAUUUUAACAGCAAUUUGCAUGACACGUGUGUGUAAGAUAUAAUGACUGAUAGUUUAUCAAUUUGAAAGUAUUAUUACACGAUGUCUGCUUUAAACUCUUUUUAGAUAUUAUAUUAAGAAAACUUUUGGUACAGGCAGUUUUUAUACUGUUCAACUUUGUAAUUAAAAUGUAUACAAAAUUUUUAUUUAAUCUCUUCAGAAUAGAUUUUCUAUUCUAACUAGAACUAUGGAUAUUUAUGAAAAUAAUAUCUCAAAUACUAUUUUAAAUAAUAGAUUUUUUCUAUUGACAUAUUAAAAUAUUUCAAUUAAGAAAUGAAAUUUCAGUAAAUAAUAUAUUUUAUUUUUCAAAAUCUAUGUGCAUGAUGUAAAAUAAAAUAUUUUUAUUAUUUAGGAUUUAAAAUAGUAUUUUAUGUAGCUCUGAUUUUAAUAACGAAAUGAUAUUUUUAUUUUCUUAUUUUACAUAUGAUAAAUAAAGAAAAUGAAAUAUUAUUUAUCUUAUGAUAAUCUAGAUUUAUGUUCUGAUUAGAAAAAUUAUGAAAAAUUAAAUAUUUUCUAUAAGAUUCAAACUAAUAUGUGACAGAAAUUUUGAAGAGAUUAAAUUGAGCUAAGGAAUUAUUUAAACCAUUUUCAUCCGUAAACAAUAUUUCGCGAACCCAAACAUUCAACAACUGUGAGUUAAAAAUCCUAGAGUUUUAACGAGCUUUGUGUAUUUAGCGUUACGCUGAAAAUGGGUUAACAUAAAUCAUUUAUUAUAUCUGUUUCAUUUUAAUUAAGAAAGAACUGACAAGUAUGUAAUACGCUUAACACGAAGGAGCGUGUUUCUUCGAAUUCUUUAAGAAACUGCUUAGAAAUAAUAAUACUCAGAAAAAGACUUCAAGGACUAUUUAAUUUUGUUUAGAUUAUAUAUUUUUUUUAAUUUUUUUAAUACACAUAUAUAUAUAUACGAAGAUGGCAAUCUUAAUAAUCAGGUACGAAUAAUAUCGUGAUCAAAAAUAAUCCUAUGCGUGGCUCGAAUUAAGAUGUUUACUUAUAGAAUUAAUUGUAUAUAGUUAAAGCUCCUUUAUUUUAAAUCAUGUAUAUGUAUCGUAGUAUGUAUAAUUUUUAAGAAUUGUGUACAUAUAUAUGUAUACACAUGCAAACUAGGCACACGCCAAAUUUCUUGGCACUCUCUAAUGUUUCCUAUAUACUAAAUCAAAUAGCGGUGAUAAGCUAAAAAAAAAAUACCGCACAAAUUUAUAAAGUGUAGUUAUUUUUUCCAUGAAAAAUUAUGGAUGCAUCGAUUUUUUAUUAUUUUCUCUUUUUUUGUUAGAAAAACUAUUUAUUAAUCAAAUGUUUUACAAGUAUCAUUUUGUUAUGUACCAAAGAGUAUAUAAAAAAAUAUACUUUGUAAAAUGAACUUUACUUGAUAUCAAAAUAAUUUUUGAUAAUCAAGUUCAAUCACAAUGUUCCAAGACUAUUAACAAUUCGUCCAUUAAAAACUGCCGAACUUUUACUUAUGUACGUUACGCAAGUUUUAUUCUCACGCUGAUAAUAUGUAUGACUUGCAAUAGAGAAAGAGAGAGAGAGAAUCACAUGUUUGCUUGCUGAUAGAGUAUUAAGUAAAUUGUACGUAAAAUACGCGUAACGUGCAGGUUUAUUACACUGCUAAAUAAGUAUAUUAUAGUAUAUUGAAUAUAGUAAUGAACGAGAUGAAUGUAUGCAAGCAAUUAUAUAUAUAUUUAAUAUAAAAUCAAUUUUUUAUACGGAUACAAAUUUAUAAUAUGCAUUUAUUGAGAGUAUGUGCGAUAUUUAUUCGCAGAGGUACAAAAACUUAUUUCGUUCCUAUUCGAACGAAACCCACGUGUCGCAUGCAUGUUAUACAAUACUCAUGGAAGUUUUAAUUUUAUAUGUCAAAAACUUAAUAAAGCCGUCGAUACUUAUGUAUAAACA